CACAAGCACAACAAACAAGAUUGAAAGGAGACGAAAUAUUUCAGUUCAUAGCUCUUACCAUAGUAUAUUGAGAGAAGCUGAGAGAGGAUUGGUGGCCAAUAUUAGUAGUAUAUUAGUACAAAAAAAAUCUGGCAUUGGAUUCUUCCGAAGAAGAUGGUCAAGUUGAGUGUGGAUUUGAUCGCCAAUGCGUGUCAGUACACGAAUGCCAUCCGGGAUCGCGAAUUAGAUCUCCGGGGCUACAAGAUCCCGUUGAUCGAGAAUCUGGGCGCCACUCUCAAUCAUUUCGACACGAUCGAUUUCUCGGACAACGAGCUGCGCAAAGUGGACAACUUCCCUCUCCUCCCGCGCCUCAAGACUUUACUCUUGAACAACAACCGAAUCUGCCGCAUUGGCGAAUCGCUGGAGGAAUGUUUACCCGCUUUAGACACGGUGGUGUUCACCAACAACAACAUUCAAGAUCUGGCCGACAUCGAAGCCUUGUCCUCGGUCAAAACCAUUUCCAUGCUCUCGUUCCUUCACAAUCCCGUCGUGUCCAAGCCCAACUAUCGCGCCUUUGUGAUCCACAAGUUUCCCAAUCUCCGCGUAUUGGAUUUCAAACGCGUCAAGUAUCACGAGCAAAAGGAGGCCAAGGCGCUCUUCAAAACCUCCGAGGGCAAAGCCCAAUUAAAAGAGAUCAAGAAGCGGGCCAAGACCUUCACCCCGGGCGAGGCCAUUAAUGGCUCAGCGGGAGGUGCGUCGAAUGGGGUGAAUGCCUCGGGAUUGAGUGCGGAUCAAGUGCGGAGCAUCAAAACGGCCAUUGCCAAGGCCACCACGCUCGAGGAAAUCGAGCGACUCAAUCAGAUGCUCAGAACGGGGAUCAUCCCUGGACAGGAACCCGAAACGCAACCCGCCCCCUCGAAAAAGUCAGGUGAUCAAAUCGAAGAAAUGGACGAUGACUAAGUAUUCGGGUUUCUGGUAUGAAAGUGGGAGUGCAUAAAACCAUUUGAAAUAAAUGUGGCUUUUUUUCACA